AGCACACCGUUUAGAUUUCUCGAUUUAUUUUUCUCUGUGUGCGCAAAAUAUGUAGUCAAGUCACUGCUGGAUAAAAAAGAUGCCGAUUGCCCCAUGAGAGAACACACCAAAAUCUCACUUUAUAGCCUCAAUUCUUUAAGUGCAAUGGACGACAAGAAGAGAAAGAGACGUAACAUCUGCUCUCGUAUGUUGGAUCAAUGGCGCUAUUUCAAAUUCUGCCUCCGCAGUUUGACGUAUAAUUCCUUCAACGAUCGCUGGAUGGCGUUUGAUACCUGUAUGGAACCGCUUUUCUGGCUCGUUGGUGUAGUCUCAAAAUAUAUGGGGCCGUUGAUGGUGGUCCUUGUCAUCUUGCUCACCUCUGUCGUCAUCAGUGUCUUCUACCUAUGCAUCUUACCUCGCUGCCUUGAGAAUGAAGACCACGUACAGACGAUAUUUCACCUGACCUUUGGCCAUUGGUUGCUUGUGAAUAUUGCCUUCCAUUACUACAAGGGGGUCACUACACCCCCUGGAUACCCACCUCAGAUUGUUUCGGAAACUGGUGUUGCCUCUAUAUGCAAGAAGUGCAUUGCUCCCAAGCCACCCCGAACCCACCACUGUAGCAUCUGUAAUAAAUGCAUUCUGAAGAUGGAUCAUCACUGUCCAUGGGUCAACAAUUGCAUAGGACACUAUAACCACCGCUAUUUCAUGUUGUUCUGCAUCUACAUGUGGAUUGGAACACUCUAUGUUUGCAUAUCGGCAUGGCCGCUGUUCCGCCAGGAGUUCUUCGACCCAAAGAAGACAUUUGAUAGUUUAAUGGCUGGUUCUCUGUUCCUGACAUUUCUGCACUCGUAUCAAGCAUCACUAAAAAAUAGUACAAGUUUACAGUCGGGGUACGUUUCAUCCCUGACAACCGCAGAGUCGACGUACCAUAAAGCCAUCGUGUUUCAGUUCAUCAUCUGUUUCAGCGUUCUAAUAGCUCUAGGUCUGCUGACUUUCUGGCACGCUCGUCUUGUAUCACGAGGAGAGACCAGCAUAGAGAAGUACACCAAUGACUCUGAGAGGGCUCGCUUGAAGAAGGUCAAUGUGGUGUACAAAAGUCCCUACAAUUUUGGGGUGUUGGAGAACUGGCGUAAACUGUUUGGGCUGUACGGGGGAAGGACAUUCUGGAGGCACGUUCUCCUACCAUCCUCCCAUGGUCCAGAGCAUGAUGGGACACAGUGGAAUGCGCAGAUAACACCAGGUUUUCUACCGAAGUCGUUGCCAUGACAACCAACAACAUUGCCAUGACAACUGACAACAGGCCUUUGAAGCAGCUUUGAACCUUAAAAUAUUGUUAAACAUAAGACAAACCUAUAUAGUACUUGAGGUAUUGCAUGGUGAGGUAUCAAUGUGUAUUUGGUUUGCAGUAACACCAUGUGUGUAGUUUGUUCUGCAAC